AUGCCGACCGCGAAGCCAACAAACAUCGAUGCCCAGCGUAUCCUGGCCAUCAUGGACGAGCUCAAGGAGAAGCUCACCUUCCUGUCUUUCGUGUCUCCGCAGGUUCUCGCUGGCCUACAGGGCGAGGAUGGCUCGGCCACGGUGGAGAUCCUUGGGCCAGAGCUCAUGAAGUGCUUCGCCGAGCAGCUUAGGUUGGAGGACCUCUACGUAAUGGCCAGCAACGGAGAGGGAGGAGGCCAAGCAGGGCUCUUUGCUUUCCUAGCUUCUGGGGCCUGCCGCCUUGGCGAGAAGCAGGAGCUGGACUGCCGAAGUGCCACCGGCUGCCUGGCCGCCGCUCUGGGUGCUGCGCGGGCAGGGCUCCGUUGUGCAUCCGUUCACGUGGAGGACGCGCACUUCCUGGUGGCGGCGGCAUACAUCUCGACACCCAGCACGGUCAUCACGGGUUUGGCCGAGACAGCGUAG